GUUUUCUCUCCAUUCACCAUCCUCCUCUUGUCCCGAACCACCACCAUGUCUGCCGCCGACGCGCUCCGUGUUCCCGGCGACGCGCCCGUCCAUCGCGUCAAGAACCAGCCAGGCUACACCACGCCCGUCUUCGAGGGCAAGGACGAGCAACGUGCGCGCGUAGAGAAGGAGGUCGCUGCCAAGGGCUUCAUCCCCAUCCCGCUCGUUGCUGGCGAAGUCAACUGGUUCUACUCCUCGCUCGGUAUCGAUGACACGUACUUCGCGAACGAGGCCGUCCCUGUCAUCGCCGAUCACAUCAUUGCUCUCUUCGGCGCCAAGGUCCUGGCAUACACAAAGCACGACCCGCGCGCGCUAGUCAUCGACCUCGAGCGGAUCGACGACUCUGGCAAGGGCGCUACUUUCAUCCACACCAGCAAGCCAGGUACUACCAGUACGGAGGGCCCCGGGUCCGUCUGUGAGGCAAGGAUCGAUGAGAUCUUCCUGGACAAGUCCACGCCAGAGAACGCCUACCGCCUCGAGACCUUCCGCUCCGCGGGCGCGAUCAGCGCGACCGCGAGCCAGCAGCUGCGCUGUUACUUCGUGACUCGCUGCGAGUUCCCAAACACCCCCGCGAAGAAGAACGCGGAUGGCUCGACGGACAUCCGCAGCGUGUCGAACAAGAGCUUCCUCGAGAAGGCGACCGACAACACGCUCGAGAUCUACCAGCAGGUCAUGCGCAACGUCGAGACGCGUUACGGUCCCGUGAUCGAGGUGUUCAAGGUCGAGGGCUCGCGCGAGCACCGGCUUGUGAUCGGGUACAAGAUGGGUGGUACGCGCAGCUACUUCAGCGCGCUCAGCCAUCUUUACCACUUCUACUCGCUAUACUCGACGCGCAAGUACGUCGAGCAGUUCGCCAAUGGCGUCACAAUCAUCUCGAUCUACCUCAACCCGCUACCGCUGGAUCAGCUCGAGGGCAACAAGCGUCCGCCACCGAUCGAGCACUCGAUCUUCCAGGUCAUGAAGGAGGCCAGUCUGCUCUACUGUCUACCGGACAACCCCUUUUUCGGCGUCACCGAGAGCGAAGAGGGCCCAGGGCAUGCCGUCCAGGAAGCGACCUACGCUUACUGCGGCUGGAUCUUCGCGCAGCACUUUACGAACCGCCUCGGCGCGACCUACCUCCAGCUCAAGAAUCUCCUCACCGAAUCAGACCCCGUACACGCGGAGGUCCUGAACACCAUCAAGCGCCGCUUCAGGGACGAAACCUUCACGCGCGAGGUUAUCCUGCAGGUCAUCCUUCGCUGGCCCGAGUUGAUUCGCAUGCUGUACGUCAACUUCGCCAUGGUGCACUAUCCGAAUACAUCUGCCGACCAGGCGGAGAACUUGAUGCCGACGCUGUCGUACCAACGGCUGCAGACUGCGCAGCCUCUGAACGACGUCGAGCUGUACGAUCACAUUCGUCGUACGGUGCACGACAAGCAGGAGCUUCAGGUCUUGGAGAGCUUCUUGAUCUUCAACAAGAACGUGCUCAAAACGAACUUCUACCAACCGACCAAGGUCGCGCUGUCCUUCCGUCUCGCGCCAGAGUUCCUGCCCGAGAUCGAGUACCCGAAGAAGCCCUUCGGCAUCUUUCUCAGCAUCGGCAACGAGUUCAGAGGGUUCCACAUCCGCUUCCGCGAUGUCGCUCGUGGAGGCAUUCGUUUGGUCAUGUCGAGGACGAGGGAAAACUACUCUAUCAACCAGCGCAUGCUCUUCGAUGAGAACUACGGGCUGGCGUCGACGCAGAACCUGAAGAACAAGGAUAUCCCGGAGGGUGGCGCGAAGGGCACGAUCCUGCCAGCGAUUGGGGCCAAUCCUCGGCUGUGCUUCGAGAAAUAUGUUGAUAGCAUCAUCGACCUUCUCAUUCCGGGCCAGAGCCCUGGCAUUAAGGAGCGCCUGGUCGACCUUUAUGGUCAGCCAGAGAUCUUGUUCUUCGGCCCAGACGAGGGCACAGCAGACAUGAUGGACUGGGCUGCAUUACACGCUCGCGACCGCGGUGCAGAGGCAUGGUGGAAGUCCUUCACCACUGGCAAGAGCGCAGAGACGCUCGGUGGCGUACCGCACGACACGUACGGCAUGACCUCGCUGUCGAUCCGGCAGUACGUGCUAGGUAUCUACAAGCAACUUGGCUUGAGGGAGAAGGAUAUCACGAAGGUGCAGACGGGUGGUCCUGACGGUGACCUUGGUUCGAACGAGAUUUUGCUCAGCAACGACAAGACUGUCGCCAUCAUCGACGGUAGCGGUGUAGCUGCGGACCCGGCAGGGCUGAACCGCGAAGAGCUCAUCCGCCUGGCAAAGGCGCGCAUUCCGAUCGGCAACUUUGACAAGAGCAAGUUGUCGAAGGACGGCUACAUUGUCAAGGUGGAAGAUCAGGAUGUGAAGUUGCCUUCUGGCGAAGUCGUCGUGGAUGGCACUGAUUUCAGGAAUGGCGCGCACUUGCGCUUCAAGGCCGACUUGUUCGUGCCUUGUGGUGGUCGUCCCGAAGCCGUCAACAUCUCGAACGUCGCCGCGCUCGUCGAUUCGGAGGGCAAGCCGCACUUCAAGUACAUCGUCGAGGGCGCGAACCUCUUCCUCACGCAACAAGCCCGCCUCUACCUCGAGAAGCACAAGGUCAUCCUGUUCAAGGACUCCAGCGCCAACAAGGGCGGCGUCACCUCCUCCUCCCUCGAAGUCCUCGCCGGCCUCGCCCUCGCGACGAACGAGUACGUCGACCUCAUGAUCUUCAAGGACGGUCAACCCUCGGCUUUCUACCAGUCCUACGUCAAGGACAUCCAGCAGAAGAUCACCGAGAACGCCGCGGCGGAGUUCCUUUGCAUCUGGCGCGAGCACCAGCGGCUGCGCGGGGCGAAGCCGCGCACGACGAUCUCGGACGAACUGAGCACGACGCUGAACAACCUGCAAACGGAGCUCGAGGCGUCGGAUCUGUUCGACGACGAGCCGAGCAAGCGGGGCGUGCUGGGGCGCGCGAUCCCGAAGACGCUCGUAGAGAAGGUGGGGCUGGACGAGCUGAUGAGGCGGCUGCCGGAGAGCUACCAGCGCGCGCUGUUCUCGAGUUGGGUGGCGUCGCACUUUAUCUACAAGUACGGCGUGAACGCGUCGAGCGUGGACUUCUUCCACUUUGCGCGGGAUUUGGCAGUGCACCAGUAGGUAGCUGAUGCAGGGCGCAUGAAGCCCACGGACAGUCGUCAUCCAAAAUGUGUAUUCUUGUAUAUUAGAGCAUCUGUACUUAUAAUAAUGGCUUCCUCGAACAUAUCGCUGGACUUGCUGGGAACGAAAGAGUCGGUGCCGAGUUGUGGGUCCAGUCACGUGUGUUGUUCGGCUUUUCCCGGGAAUACGAACUUGGCACGUGCUCAACUUC